CGGAACACACCGAGGUCCGUGUUUCGUCCGAUCUCCUUGCGGCAUGGACGGAUGCCAGGCGAAACACCACCAACUGCUUCACGUUGAAUGUGACACUACACAACGCAGCGGCAGCACACAACACGCACUGAACACUCACGUUAGCACUAAACCGAAUUCACUCUUUCGUUACAUACCUAUCACAAUAUACGGCGGGAAGAAGGAUGUCAACACUUACGCCUUCUUAGACGAAGGCUCCUCGGCGACGUUUAUUGAUCGAAGGUUGAUCGACGAACUUGGCAUUGAGGGCAUUCCACAUCCAUUGUGCCUGAAAUGGACUGGUGACACUACACGCGAGGAGGCCAAUUCGUUAAUGGUGUCGCUGCGGGUAUCAGGUGUCUACAGGGGAGCUCCAACAUACGAUCUUCAAAAGGUGCACACAGUGAAUGAGUUAUCACUUCCAGCACAAACGCUACCGCUCGAGGAACUGGCCCAGAAAUACUCACACCUAAGGGGCCUGCCGAUAGCUUCUUAUGUUGGAGUGAAGCCACGAAUCCUGAUUGGUAUGGACAAUAUCCACCUGGGAAAACCGUCACGGUGCGCUGAAGGGAGCUUUGACGAACCAAUCGCCGCAAAGACGAGACUUGGAUGGACUGUGUUUGGUCCAUGUGCUACACCGACAACCAUGAAAUACUGCUCACCACGAUGACGGAGAUUGAGAUGAUGGUAAACUCCCGGCCGCUGACCUACAUACCGCUCGAUGAGGACCUGGACUUUCCCAUAACCCCAAACCACCUACUGCUAGGCAGCUCAGACGGAAGAAAAACUACGGCGUUCUUCGAUGACUCCCCGGCAUCGAUUAAAUCGUCUUGGAGCGCCACACAAGGGAAUGCGGACUUGUUCAGGAAGAGGUGGAUCGCGGAUUAUCUUCCUACACUUACCCGCAGAUCGAAAUGGUUUCAUCCGGCACCGCGCAUCAAGGUAGACGAUGUUGUAGUGAUCGUGGACGGAAAUUUGCCGAGGAACAGUUGGCCGAUGGGGAGAGUUUUAAGCGUAAUUUGUGCAAGGGAUGGGCAAGUAAGAAGAGCGACAGUGCAGACGGUAAACGGGAUUUUAGAGCGUCCGGCGACCAAAAUUGCGGUUCUAGAUGUAGGCGAAAAGGUUAAGUCGAGUGAUGAGGCUAGCAAAGAACAACAAGGGAGACCGCAUGGGAUUAAUGACAGCAGUGGAGAACAGAGCGAGCAGAAACAAACGUCAUAG